AUGUUCAAGCGCCCGGUGGAGGAACUAUCGCCUCGAGGGCCCGGUGGAGGAACUAUCGCCUCGAGGGCCCGGUGGAGGAAUUAUCGCCUCGAGGGCCCGGUGGAGGAACUACUUCCUCAACUACAGCCAACAGCCGAACCCCUGGAUAAACUAGAGGGGACACAAGCAUGCCAAGGGGAUCUUGUUCCCCACAGUACACCCCAAACGAUAGCUUGUUGUGAUUGGGAAGAUCAUUGCAAUCGAGAUCUACGGCCCAUCUUUAUUGAACGGAGUACCACUCCUAUCCCAGGUCACCAACCAUCCGCAAAUUUUGACCAUACUAGUAAAAUCGUCCUGUGUGUCUCAUUAUCUUUCUGUGUAAUAUUGACCAUAAUUGCAAUGGCAUUUGCUUAUCAAAGAUAUUGCCGUGGUGGGACAAUGAGGCCACAAUAUAUUCAUGAAGAAGACCAAAUCCAUCCUUAUAAUACUGAAGAGUGCAUAAAAGAUUUGAUAAACCACAGUUCAGGUAGUGGAUCUGGAUUGCCACUAUUGUCCCACCCCCCAUACGUCUCUGGGUUGUCUGUACUCCCACCCGCUCCCAAGAUUCGUCACUGGGUUGUCUGUACUCCCACCGCUCCCAAGAUUCGUCUCUGGGUUGUCUGUACUCCCACCCGCUCCCAAGAUUCGUCUCUGGGUUGUCUGUACUCCCCACCGCUCCCAAGAUUCGUCUCUGGGUUGUCUGUACUCCCACCCGCUCCCAAGAUUCGUCUCUGGGUUGUCUGUACUCCCACCCGCUCCCAAGAUUCGUCUCUGGGUUGUCUGUACUCCCACCCGCUCCCAAGAUUCGUCUCUGGGUUGUCUGUACUCCCCCCGCUCCCAAGAUUCGUCUCUGGGUUGUCUGUACUCCCACCCGCUCCCAAGAUUCGUCUCUGGGUUGUCUGUACUCCCACCCGCUCCCAAGAUUCGUCUCUGGGUUGUCUGUACUCCCCACCGCUCCCAAGAUUCGUCUCUGGGUUGUCUGUACUCCCACCCGCUCCCAAGAUUCGUCUCUGGGUUGUCUGUACUCCCCACCCGCUCCCAAGAUUCAUCUCUGGGUUGUCUGUACUCCCACCCGCUCCCAAGAUUCGUCUCUGGGUUGUCUGUACUCCCACCACUCCCAAGAUUCGUCUCUGGGUUGUCUGUACUCCCACCCGCUCCCAAGAUUCGUCUCUGGGUUGUCUCUGUACUCCCACCCGCUCCCAAGAUUCGUCUCUGGGUUGUCUGUACUCCCACCCGCUCCCAAGAUUCGUCUCUGGGUUGUCUGUACUCCCACCCGCUCCCAAGAUUCGUCUCUGGGUUGUCUGUACUCCCACCCGCUCCCAAGAUUCGUCUCUGGGUUGUCUGUACUCCCACCCGCUCCCAAGAUUCGUCUCUGGGUUGUCUGUACUCCCACCCGCUCCCAAGAUUCGUCUCUGGGUUGAUUGCUGCAUCUCUCUCUCUCUCUCUCUCUCUCUCUUUCUGUCUCGCCUCUCUCUCAUUCUCUCUCUUUCUGUCUGCGCCGUCUCUCAUUCUCUCUCUUUCUGUCUGCGCCGUCUCUCAUUCUCUCUCUUUCUGUCUGCGCCGUCUCUCAUUCUCUCUCUCUCUCUGCCCCAUCUCUCUCUCUCUCUGCCCCAUCUCUCUCUCUCUCUGCCCCAUCUCUCUCUCUCUCUGCCCCAUCUCUCUCUCUCUCUGCCCCAUCUCUCUCUCUCUCUGCCCCGUCUCUCUCUCUGCCCGUCUCUCUCUCUGCCCGUCUCUCUCUCUGCCCGUCUCUCUCUCUGCCCGUCUCUCUCUCUGCCCCCCUCUCUCUCUCUGCCCGCUCCCGUCUCUCUCUCUUCCCCCGUCUCUCUCUCUCUCUCUUCCUGGCUAUCCGUCUCUCUCUCUCUCUCUCUCUCUCUUCUGCUAUCCGUCUCUCUCUCUCUCUCUCUCUUUCUGGCUAUCCGUCUCUCUCUCUCUCUCUCUCUCUCUUCUGGCUAUCAAUCUCUCUCUCUCUCUCUCUCUCUUCUGGCUAUCCGUCUCUCUCUCUCUCUCUCUCUCUCUUCUGGCUAUCCGUCUCUCUCUCUCUCUCUCUCUCUUCUGGCUAUCAGUCUCUCUCUCUCUCUCUCUCUCUUCUCUCUCUCCUCUCUCUCUCUCUCUCUCUCUCUUUCUGGCUAUCCGUCUCUCUCUCUCUCUCUCUUCUUCUGUCCGUCCGUCUCUCUCUCUCUCUCUUCUGGCUAUCCGUCUCUCUCUCUCUCUCUCUUCUGGCUAUCCGUCUCUCUCUCUCUCUCUUCUGUCUCUCCCUCUCUCUCUCUCUCUCUCUUCUGUCUGCGCCGUCUCUCAUUCUCUCUCUUUCUGUCUGCGCCGUCUCUCAUUCUCUCUCUCUCUCUCUGCGCCGUCUCUCAUUCUCUCUCUCUCUCUCUCUGCCCCGUCUCUCAUUCUCUCUCUCUCUCUCUCUGCCGUCUCUCUCUCUGCCCCGUCUCUCUCUCUCUCUCUCUUCUGGCUAUCCGUCUCUCUCUCUCUCUCUCUCUCUUCUGGCUAUCCGUCUCUCUCUCUUCUGGCUAUCCGUCUCUCUCUCUUCUGGCUAUCCAUCUCUCUCAUAGCUUUCUACAUGUCCAGCGAACGAUAGCCAAACAGAUACACCUUAUAAAGUCGAUAGGGAAAGGCAAGUACGCAGAAGUAUGGAAAGGAAAAUGGAGAGGAGAGAAUGUAGCUGUGAAGAUUUUCCUUACGACAGAAGAAGACAGUUGGUUCAGAGAAACUGAGCUUUACCAAACUGUCUUACUCAGGCAUGACAAUAUUCUUGGCUUUUUGGCCGCAGAUAUAAAAGGCACCCAGUUGUUUUUGAUAACAGAUUAUCAUGACAAUGGGUCAUUGUACGAUUACCUUCAAGGCCAUACUUUAAAUGCAGUUGAUAUGCUACGAUUGGCUCACUCUGCUAUUUCUGGCAUUGCCUUUCUUCAUGCAGAAAUAUUUGGAGCAAAAGGCAAACCAGCCUUAGCACACAGAGAUAUAAAAAGUACAAAUAUUUUAGUAAAGAAAAAUUGCACUUGUUGCAUUGCAGACCUCGGUUUGUGUGUAAAAUAUAUAAGUGAAACAAAUGAAGUAGACAUAGCCCCGAAUUCUCGAACAGGCACUAAACGUUACAUGGCACCAGAAGUCUUGGAUGACACGAUCAACCGGAACCAUUUUGAUUCAUUUAAGCAAUGUGACGUAUAUGCUUUUGGUCUUGUCUUAUGGGAAAUUGCCCGUCGAUGUGUCCAUAAAGGUAUUGUAGAAACAGCUCAACUCCCAUAUUAUGAUUAUAUACCUUAUGACCCCAGCUUUGAAGAAAUGCGAAAAGUAGUUUGUGUUGAAAAGAAAAGACCACUCGUCCCAAAUCGUUGGAGUAGUGAUCCUUAUUUAGGGAAAAUGGCCAAAGUAAUGGGUGAGUGCUGGCUCCAACAGCCUGCAGCCCGCCUCACUGCUUUGCGGCUCAUUGAUAUUUAUCCUUCCUUAUUUCAUGCAAGUCUUAUUUUAUUCCUAAGUUGGGCAAAACUCCUGCUUCUUGACCUUUCCAAACCUUGGUUCCCUUCCAGUCCUGUUCAACCUCAUAAUUUUACCCCCCGGCCAUCAACCGACUAUCCCCCCACCGACUACCCCCCCCCCAAACAAUGGAAUUUUCAGACUUAUCUUCAUCUUAAAUGCUCUGCCUUGCCUUGUUAUCUAUCGUCAGAGGAUUUCUUAUUGCAGCUUUUGUUUCAAGUUUCUUUCUUCCUUUUUUUUUUUUUUCCCACUAAAACAUUUGAACUUUGA